UCUAGAAAUCUUUGUCUGUGGGGGAUUUCUCCGCUUAUGCGUGAUAGGUCCCACUGGAAUCGAGACCUCUUUUUCUGCCUCGAUUCCUACGAGGUAGUCAUAAUGGGGGCGUAUAAAUAUAUGCAAGAAUUAUACCGGAAAAAACAAAGCGAUGUUUUGCGAUUUCUUCUUCGGGUUCGAUGCUGGCAAUAUCGACAACUAACGAAGAUGCAUCGUGCACCUAGACCCUCGAGACCCGACAAGGCAAGGCGACUUGGCUAUAAGGCUAAACAAGGUUUUGUUAUAUUCAGAAUACGCGUUCGACGAGGUGGUCGUAAACGGCCAGUACCUAAAGGUGCUACUUAUGGCAAACCAAAAAGUCACGGAGUAAAUCAGUUGAAACCAACAAGGAAGCUACAAUCCGUUGCCGAGGAGCGCGUUGGGCGAAGAUGCGGCGGACUGCGAGUUCUCAACAGUUAUUGGGUAGCACAGGAUUCGUCUUACAAAUACUACGAAGUUAUUCUGCUGGAUCCCGCGCACAAGGCUAUUCGAAACGACGCAAAACUGAAUUGGGUAUGCAACGCCGUUCACAAGCAUCGCGAGCUUCGAGGAAAGACGUCCGCGGGAAGGAGCUCUCGAGGAUUGGGCAAGGGUCAUCGCUUCUCGCAAACGAUCGGAGGUUCUCGACAUGCCGCUUGGCUCAGGAGAAAUUCUUUAUCAUUGCGUAGAAAGCGAUAGACGCGGGUACCGUUCUGCAAACGAUACCGAUCACUCACCGUUACUGCAAAUAAAAAUUAAGUUCAAGUACGAAA